UAAGAAGAGCCCACCUGCUGAGGACACGGUAGUGCUAACACAUAUGAAGAUACUGAGCAAUGAAGGAAUUCAAAAUCCAGGGUUAAUACCCGAGCCUCCAGCUGACACAGAUUGCACAGAAAAAUCCCAUCUUCCUGGUGUCAAUCUCCCACUGGACUGCCAGGGAAAUCUGAAGGCAACAGCCACACCAGCAAAUCCAGAUUAUGCAGAAACGCCGGCGAGCACUGACUACAUAGCCACACUGCCUGACCUCAGCACCUUUGAGUCCAAAUGCCGACUUCACAGAUUUUCCAAAUUUGAGUCUGAGGACUCAGGGGUUGAAUUGCCUAGUGGGGCUAACUCUCCAUCUACGCCGACAGGUUCGGAGAAGAGCUUUGUGCUUCACAGCAGAGACUCGUUUUGUGACUCCGGGGUGCUUAGCACCUCUUCCUCUCCAGAAAUUGACCAUCUGAUAAUGAGAACAUGUAAAGAGCGGGCCAGAAAAGCUAGCCAUGGCCCAGAGAGUGAAAAGCAAGCUGAGUACUACAGCCAGGAGGUAGAUGCUGUGCAGGUUCCUACAGCUUCCCUUGAAGACUUCAGUAUCCCUCAGGAAGGACAAAGUCCCAAACAACAUUUUGACCAAAGUGAAAUGCAAUCUCUGGAAAAGCAACCUACCCAAGAGAUGGACCUUCCUAGGGAAAACACACUUCCCACUCCAGCUCCUGUAGAAGAGCCAAAGACCAUUGCUGACCAUUACCCAGAGACCUUUGGCAGCGUGCAAGACCUUCAGAUCCAUGAACAUCAGCUGAAGAAGUACCCCACAAGUGACAGUCUGGAUGAAUAUAUGGACGAAUGCUGUAGACUGAGCGAGGUGAACCAAGGGAGCAACAAAGUCCUGGGAUCUGGCCUGGGAUAUCUGGAACACAUUUGCCAACUGAUUGAGAAGAUUGGGCAGCUACAGGAGCACAACUUGCGGCUCCAAAAGCAAGUGUGCAGCUUACAAAAAGAGCAGAAGAUGAGCCAGAUAAAGGAGGAGUACCUUCUGCAGCAUUGCUCUUGUGGAGCUGCCAGCGUCUUCCUCAACUCAUACCAAGAGGUGAAAACGUUUUUUACUGGGAGGAGCAGACCUCACAGCCUCUUGGUUCAGACUGGAAACCCUUCAGAUCUUUCCAUCAUCCCAGAAAUAGGAGCGAACACUGAAAAGCUGAGCAGCUGCAGUGGAAGUGAGAGAUACCCAGAAUCAGGAAACAGCCAGCUGAUGAUGGGGCUCAGGAAAUCAUUGAACAAUAGGAGCAACAAGGAGAAUGAGUUCAGAGAAGCCUGUGGCGUGGCUGAGGGACAAGCUUUUCCAUCAAAGGACCCUGCAGUAAGAAAGGGUCUGGACAUCAGUAAGAACAUCUCGGGUGAAAGCCAUGCCUGGGGGAGAAUGAGAGAUCUUAUGAGGAAGACACGGCUGAGAAACCAGAGCAAGCUGGGGCUGUCCUCUGCUGCUCUGAAGAGGUCCUGCCCACAGCUGUACAGGCCAGAUAUUAUGUCUUCAGAGCUGAGGAAAACCGAGAGGAACUCCAUGAUUGUUCUGGGGCAAAAUACAAAGAAUGAGAACAUAUGGCCUUUCUGAUAACCCAAAUGGAACAAGAAAGGAAAGAGGGGAACAUCAAUGGACACAGAACUGAAAAUCCCAGGGUUACUUUGUGCAACUUGCAUACUACAGCUGUCAACAGAGGAACUCUGAUUUGGUGUUGAAAGAGGGAGCAGAGAGAUUGAGAGAGGUGUGUGGAGAGAUGUGUGCUCAGCUAUGCCUGGCUUCACUCCCAACUCUGAAUUAUGCUUACAAAACCAAACCCCAUGAAAACCAUAGCCAGCAUCUCAGCAACGUAACCAAUAGGGACUUUUAAAUAAGAUUUGGUAAAUCUUUUUCUGCUCUGGGUUAGGAACAGAAUCACCUGAAGUACUGAAGCUUUUAAGUUAUCAUUGCUUUCUGGGGACCUUCUCCAGGUGAAGGAAGCUAAGCCUUACAGAAGACAACAGUACCUGGAAAAGUGCCAGACUCCUUGUCCAGGGCAGCAAUAGUUGAUGGGGAGAAUAGCUUCCGCCCUCUAGGGAGGUAGGUGCCAGCAGAGACUGCAGCUCAAACAAGAGCUGCACCCAGCCAGCAAUACAGGCUUGGUGGCAUCCAAAAGAAGAACCAAGUCUGUGAAGCAAAGAUAUCCUAAAAGGCUGUUCCCAAAUCUACCCUUCACUUCUAAUUCUGUGGGGGAGCUCCUUCUGUGAAGGCCUCUUUACUUUGGUGCUGCCCCAUGCAAAAACCAGCUUCCAUGCAGGCUCACUGCAGUGAGCAGAGCAAGGGGUACCCCAGGAAUCAAUCUUUUGAGAGACCUGAGUGAGGGUGCAUUGAAGACAGCACCUCAGCUGCACUGGGCAGCCCAGCUCUCUGCCCUGUUAAUCUUUAAGGGGACAAGGCUUGAAUUUCCACUUUUAAGUUAUAAGUUAAGGACCCCUGGAGGCUGCAGUGGCCAUCUGACGAACACGCU